GACGGAGCAGAGGCUGGACGCCGAGCAGAAACCCGGCGCCGCGGGCGGACCAGGGCGCGGACCGUGAUGCGCGCCCUCUUGCAGCCCCCGCUCGCGGGCCUGGGCGCGGUGCGGCCGGAUGGCAGGUAGCGGCGGCCUGGGCGGUGGGGCCGGGUGCGGCCAGGGCGCGGGGGCAGGGCCGGGGGCUGCGCUGCGGGCGCCCCGUGCGCCUCUGCUACUCGCCGCGCUGGUGCUGGGAGCCUACUGCCUCUGCGCCCUCCCGGGCCACUGCCCGCCGGCCUCCCGCGUCCCCAUGCCGGCCCCCGCACCCGCUGAGCCUCCCUGCGUCGCCCGCAGGCCGGGGGCGCCCGUCCUGCCCGUGGCCAGUGGUCCCGGCCGCCGGCGCUUCCCGCAGGCGCUCAUCGUGGGCGUGAAGAAGGGCGGCACGCGCGCCCUCCUGGAGUUCCUGCGCCUGCACCCCGACGUCCGCGCGCUCGGCUCGGAGCCCCACUUCUUCGACAGGUGGUACGAGCGCGGCCUCGCCUGGUACCGGAGCCUGAUGCCACGCACCCUGGACGGGCAGAUCACCAUAGAGAAGACUCCCAGCUACUUCGUGACUCUCGAGGCCCCUCGCCGCAUCCACAGCAUGUCCCCGGACACGAAGCUGAUCGUGGUGGUUCGCAACCCCGUGACCCGGGCCAUCUCCGAUUACGCCCAGACGCUCUCCAAGACCCCGGGCCUGCCCAGUUUCCGAGCCCUGGCCUUCCGCCACGGCCUGGGCCCCGUGGACACGGCCUGGAGUGCUGUGCGCAUCGGCCUCUACGCCCAGCACCUGGACAACUGGCUUCGAUACUUCCCCCUGUCCCACUUCCUGUUUGUCAGCGGCGAGCGCCUGGUCAGUGACCCGGCUGGAGAAGUUGGCCGAGUGCAGGACUUCCUGGGCCUCAAAAGGGUCGUCACGGACAAGCACUUCUACUUCAAUGCCACCAAGGGCUUCCCCUGCCUCAAGAAGGCCCAGGGGAGCAGCCGCCCCCGCUGCCUGGGCAAGUCCAAGGGCCGGCCCCACCCUCGGGUGCCCGAGGCAGUGGUCCAGCGUCUGCGGGACUUCUACCAGCCCUUCAACCGCAAGUUCUACCAGAUGAUCGGCCAGGACUUUGGCUGGGACUGAGAGGCCAGGCCAGCCCACGCCCUGUCUGGGGAUACUCAGUAACCUUAAUUUAUGCCUGUCACCCAGCCAAAGCAGGCUGUGUGCACAUGCUGGGUAGAUAGAACUAUUUAAGAAAUAAAGUCUGGAACUGUG